AUGGUCGAAUUUUUACUGAUCUUCGAAUUCCUUACCGUUAUAAGAUGUAUCAAAUCGGAAUUUCAAAGUGCGAACGAACUUCUUGGCGAUGUCAGUGUGCUACCUAUUUCUUCUAUUGCUUCUGAAUUAAUUCAACAUAAAGAAAAUGAUGGUUCUUUUUCUUUAGAACGAACUCUUCCUGUAAAUUCGAGAAAAUUAUUUAUCCUUGCACCGUCAUUAAGACAAACGCAGUCACAAUUGCAAAUUGCAAGUCAAAAAAUAAAUAGAAGUAAAACGUUGUUACGAACUAUCAGACAGAUUCAUCUGGAAUUAUACAAAGUAUCCAAAAAUCUGAGUAAUAUGUACGGUAUACAGAUAUCCCUAGAAAUUGGGAUAUGUGUUUUUCUAAGUACGUACAUGUUAUACUACUUUUAUGUGGAAUCCAAGAAAGAAACGUAUAAUAUUCACAAAGUAACUUUCCAAUUUAUGAUAAUGGUUUGGUGUUGUUUACAAUAUGGGAUGAAGAUCUUUAUCGUCAAUUACAUAUGUGACAAAACAACGAAAGAGGCUGAACACACUAGCGAAAUUAUUCACACAUUUUAUAGUAAUAGUACGGACAUCGAGAUACAAAAGGAGGUAGAAAUAUUUUCUUUGCAAAUGAUGCAAUGUCGUAAUGUAUAUUCCGCAUUUGGUUUAUAUAAUCUUAAUUGCAAACUCAUUUGUUCGUGUAUCGGAAUUAUAACGACAUACUUGGUUAUAAUGAUACAAGUAACCGAUGAAAUAAAAGAAGGAUCAUAA